UUUUUUUUUUUCCUCUCAGCUUCUCUCCCCACUCUCGAAUCUUGUCGAGAGUGUCUUCUCUCUCCGAGAAAAGAAAAAAAAAACAGCAGUUAUUCAGGCGGCCGACGGCACCCAGGAGCCGCGGGAAAGCAUAUUACCAACAAGCUUUCUCCCCGGUUCCCAAAACAACGGACAAAGAUGGUAACAGAGAGGGUCGUGAGGGUUUUUAAAGAUUUCGGCGCAGGAAGGAGAGCAAGCAGGAGAUUCCGGUCGAUGGCGGAACCUUCGUUGUUGCAGAGCAUCAGAUAAGGUUGGGUCGGACGGAAAACAGGUACUCAGUCUUAAUGCACGGAUUAAUCUGAUGAUUAGUCUGUCACUCUGUGUUACUAGAACGCAUAAGCACAAAAACACAGAAGCCGGGCACGCAUUGGGUGUUUGGAAAGCAAAAAGUUAUAUGACUCCUCAUUAUACUUUUGACAUUAUCAACUUUAGGGCGUUGCCAAGCUUGCUGGCAACAAAUCCAUGGUAUUGCCCACCCCUACCUUCAAUGUUGUCAAUGGUGGGACUGGUAACAAACUUGCAAAGCAGUCCGCUAUAAAGAAAAAGCAAAUCGCCUGCUCAAGCUUUUACGCCCAGUCCAUGGCGACAGCCUCCAUCUCUCUCGCAAAACUUCUCCGGCAUCCUCAUUCUCGCUCUCCCCACCCUCCCGUAUUCUCCUUCGUCCGAUGUUUGGCAGCGGAGGCUUGUCCCAGCCUGCAAGAAACGGUGGCACCGCUGCUGCCGUCCUUAGAAGAGCACCAUCAACAGAAGGUUAAGAAGCUUUGUGCUCUCCUCGAGCAAGGCCACCAAGACUCUGCCUACUCCAUCCUGAGGUCCCUGGUUCUCUUCAAGAACUCCGCUCCUUUCCCCGCUGACCUCUUCAGCGCUGUCUCCCGCGCCUCCUCCCUCCACCGGUCGUUCGCCAACCUGCUUGUUAUCGUCUACGUCGACCUCAAGAUGAUUGCAGAAGCCAGGGAGACGUUUCGGCUGAUGCAGAAGAAUGGUGUUUUGCCUUCACUAUUGUCCUGCAACAAAUUCCUGGAGGCCCUUGUUUCGACCAACAUGUAUGAAGAAGCUGUAGAGGUCUUCCACGAUGUAGUCCGGAUGGGGGUCUUGCCAGAAGUGUUCACAUUCAACAAGGCUAUUCAGGCGUUGAUGAAGUUGGGGAAGGUGGAUGAAGCAUUGGAUUUCCUGGAGCAGAUUGAGAGGAGGCAAAGGCGGCCGGAUGUCUUCACCUACAACGUCAUUAUCGAUGGUUUGUGCAAGAGCAAGAGGGUUGACGAAGCCCGACAUCGUUUCGACGAGAUGAUUGUGAAGGGCGUCUUCCCGAACAAGGUGACCUUCAACACGCUGAUCGAUGGCCUCUGCAAGAGCGGCAAUUUGGAGGAAGGGUUUCGCUUGCGGGAUCGGAUGCUGGCUACUGGCGUGGCUCCCAAUCUGGUAACAUACAAUUCAUUGCUGAAUGGGUUAUGUAGGAAGGGGAUGAUGGAAAACACGAAGGAGCUCCUGCGAGAGAUGGAGAGCAAUGGUAUAGUUCCCGACGGCUUCACUUACAGCAUUCUGUUUGAUGGGCAUUCUAGGUGUGGUAAUUUGGAUGCAUCGAUGGAACUCUUGGAGGGGACAGUGAAGAAGGGGAUUCAGAUUAGCGCCUAUACUUGCAGCGUCCUGGUUAAUGGACUUUGCAAGGCAGGGAAGAUGACUGAGGCACAGAGCGUCCUGAAGAGAUUGAUGCAGAAGGGUGUUGCUCCAACCACUGUCUUGUAUAACACUAUAGUUGAUGGAUAUUGCAGAGCAGAGAACAUGGAAGCUGCCCUUUUGGUGGUCGAGGAAAUGGAUGCAAACGGCGUCAAGGCAUCUCGGAUUACCUACAACUCUUUGUUGAACGGGUACUGCAAAAUGCAGAAAGUAGCCAGUGCAGAGAAGGUGUUCGCUGAAAUGAUGCAGAAGGGCUUGACGCCAGACGUUGUAACGUACAACAUCUUGUUAGAUGGCCAUGGUAAGGUCGGCCAGUUCGAGAGGUGCUUCGAAAUUCUUGAAGAAAUGAAGGUCAAGGGACUCAAACUCAAUGCAGUAACUUACGGUUCUCUUAUCAACUGUCUCUGCAAGCAUGGGAAGCUUUCCGAAGCUGAAAUUGUGCUUAGAGAAAUGACGGGUAGAGGUGAUGUUCCCAACAUAAAGGUCUACAAUGCACUCAUUGAUGGCUUCUGCAAAUCAGGCAAUCUGGAGGAUGCUUUGCGAUUUCUUGAUGAGUUAAUACAGAAUGGAAUUUCUCCCACUAUAGUCACAUACAAUUCUCUAAUCAAUGGAUUCUGCAAAGCAAACAGACCUUGUGAAGCAGAGGAGUUGGUAAACAGGAUAAGAGAGGAAGGCCUAACGCCAGAUGUGAUCACAUUCAAUUCGCUGAUUGAUGGAUACUGUUCUCGUGGUGAUACAUUGAAAGCCCUGCAGAUAUAUGAAGAUAUCACGAGCUCAAGUCUUAAGCCUACAAUUGUUACCUAUCAUAGGCUCAUUAAUGAAUUCGUCAGAGAAGGCAAAAUUGUAGAAGCAGAUAGGUUAUACAGCCAAAUGCUAGUGGAUGGUUUGACUCCUGAUCUCAUCAUCUACAAUCUAAUGAUUCAUGUGCACUCAAAAUUUGGGGAUACUCAGAAGGCAUCCAGUUUGCAGGUAGACAUGAUAAAGGAUGGAAUAAGUCCUAAUGAGAUGACCUACUCCAGCCAGUUGAUGAGGCUCUGCCGAGAAGGAAAAUUGCAGGAAGCAGACAACCUCUUCCUAGACAUGAAAGCUAAAGGACUCUUGAAAAGUGGUCUUCCUUACGUGUCCCUUAUUGAUGGGCACAGCAGGAUGGGCAAUUGCAUUGGAGCUUACCAUGUUGCAACAGAAAUGGUUGCAGAGGGCUUCCAACUUUCAGACUCUAAAUAUGACGAGUUGAUUACUGGCCUUAGGAAGGAGGGCAAGGUGCAUGAAGCUGAGCUUCUUCUGAACGAGAUGAGAGAGAAAAGGGGGAGAUAACUGCCUUGGCAUUAAUGUUUACUUCUUUAAUAUAUCUGCUGAUGAAGCAUCAUAGGCUUUGUUGCUAACCAUGCACGGAUCCGUAUACUUUGGAGUUCUUCCCUGGUGUACAGUUAGACAUCAUUGUUAAGCUUGAGCUCAUGUUAUAUUUGACUCCUGCCUGUUCAUUUUGAUAGCAGAACAUUGCUUAUGCUUCAGACUCGAUUUCUUUAGGCACAGUCUGCUGAAAGUAGUUUAUGCAACAAGGUCAAACACCAUUGGAUCCAUGACCCGUGCUCCUUGUAUGAUUGUUGAAUAGUUGAAAGAGGAUAGGCUGAAGGAAAAAUUUUAACUGUACACAUGAACAGAAUUACAUGGAAAUCAUUAAAAUGGCAUGCAUCAAGAUUGUCAGUGCCAGAAGAUUGGCAGAUGAUUAAUAUCAUAAUGUGAGAUCAUGGUUAUACUUGCAAAAUGUAAUUCAUUGUUGUAGAAGGAAUCCGCCGUCUGGAGCUUCCCAGGUACAGCAGUAGACUCUCUUUGAUUGUACUUCUGCUACCCAGUUUAAGCAUCAUAUCCUGAAUUCUUGACAAGCUGUUCUUGUGGGGAGCUUACUCGAUCUGCUUAUCUUGACAUUCUCCCUCUGUGGUUUGUGUCAGUCAUUGAAACAAUGGGUAGCCAGGCCAUUUGGGUUCCUAAGGGCACGUUUGAUGGAUGAAAAAUACUCUGUUUAACAGGAAAAAAAUUCAAAUUUUUAAAAAAUUUCCUUCCCAUCAAACUAGGGAAGGAAAAACUAACUGUUGAAGGCUCUUCCGGAAAUUUCUUUCCACCACGAGGGGUGGAAAAAUGUUUCCGGAAUUAUUUUUCUGCCCGUUAGGGCACUUCGCGUCAGGCUCCCCUCUUCGUCCUCCGCCGCUGCCUCACGCUGCUGCUGCCUCAACCCCCACCGCAGCCUCAAACCCCUGGUCGUCUCUCUCGCCCUCUCACUCUCCUGCUGUGUAGACUUGUUGCUCGCUCAGUGGAUCUGCUUGAGUUGCCACAGGAAACAUUGUCAAACUCGUUGCAAGGGCUGAAAAACAGUCAGGUGCCUGGACUUGCUGUUAUCAUUGUUGGGACCAGGAAAGACUCACAGAGCUAUGUUAGCGUGAAGAAGAAAGCAUGUGCUGAGGUUCGCAUUAACUCAUUUGGUGUUGAUCUACCAGACGAUGUAUCAGAAGAAGAACUAAUAGAGAAAAUUCACGAGUUCAAUUCCAAUCCUGAUGUGCAUGGUAUUCUGUUGCUAUUGCACGUUAUGUAGAUUAAUUCAUGUUAUGUAAAUCUGGAAAUAUGUUUCUUUAUCUUUAUUAUCAAACUAAGAAACAAUUUUUCUGGAAAUUUAUUUUUCAGUCAUCACACACAUCAAAAUGAGAAUCAGAAAGAUUUUUCCA